UCGUCACGGAACUUCCUCCCUGGCCGAUCAAUCGCACCCGCGACAGCGGGCGGGCGGGUCCAGCAGCCGAUGUGUGAGCACAGCUCAGUCUUACCGCUGCAUCCCAGGCACUGUUCACCCACCUACGGAACGCCGAGUGCCCGCGGACUGCCCCCCAGCCCCCGGCACUGAUUGCGGGGCAGACCCCGCUCGCGGCACCAGACGGGUGAUGCUGCUGGGAUUUCCCGGGAGUCCGGUGCCGUGGUGACGGAGUCAGAGGGAGGGGGAGAGGGGGCGUGCCGUGGGCGGCGGCGAUGGAGCUGCAGGAGGAGGUCGGUUCUCUAGAGUGAAAUCAGAGGCCGGUUCGCCGACACCAUGCCGGUCCGCCGGGGCCACGUCGCGCCUCAGAACACUUACCUGGACACCAUCAUCCGCAAGUUCGAGGUCCAGAAUCGAAAGUUUCUUAUUACAAAUGUUCGGAUGAAAAAUUGCGCAAUUAUCUUCUGCAAUGAUGGCUUUUGCGAAAUGUUCGGCUACUCCAGGGUGGAGAUCAUGCAGAAACCUGGUACUUGUGAUUUCCUGACCGGACCAGCCACCCCAGAGAGUGCCAUGGCUCAGCUGGCACAAGCACUGCUCGGGUCGGAAGAGGUGAAAGUCGAACUGCUCUACUACAGGAAAGAUGGCUCAUGCUUGCCCUGUCUGGUGGACGUGGUCCCGGUCAAGAAUGAGGAGGGGGCGGUUGCUAUGUUCAUCAUGAACUUCGAGGAGCUGAGAGGCGCCACGCACAAGCCAGGCAGAGGGCAGAAUCACAAACUGGCCCCGGACUGCUGCACUUCCAGCCGAGGGAAGGUCUUUAAGCUGAAGCUGCCCUCUCUGCGGACCAUGACCCUAAGCCAGCAGUCCCUGGCCAAAGAGGGUUUUGAUGCAGUGGCAGAUGACCAGCCACAGUCGGACCGAGACUCGCUGGCCAUGCAGGACCUGCGGGGUCCCCGUGGCGACAACUGUGCGCAGCCCAAGGCCGCUGAGUGGGAAUCUCUGACGGAUCUCCUCGACCAUUCAGCUGUGUGUGAUCCCUCGCCGGGACGGGGCCAGGAUCCAGACCUCCGAUGUACCAACUCUAAUUUGAUACAGAUCCAGUCCGGGGAGAGCUGCCCCAGCAUCAGAAGGGCCUCCUCCGUCGACAACAUCGAGAUGAUGAGGAACAAGUUCGAGAAGAAAUUCAAGGAGAAGAAACCACCUUCAGGUAAAAGGAUCUCAUUCUGUGGCACAAAGGACAAUUCACAUCCUGUUCCAGGAGGAGCAAAGAACUUUAAACCAAACCUGCUGAACUCCACGUCAGACUCAGACCUGAUGAAGUAUCGGGCGAUCAGCAAAAUCCCACAAAUCACACUCAACUUUGUGGAUUUUAACCCUGACAUCAUCUUGACACCGUCACCCACCGAGAUUGAGAUCAUAGCACCAAGCAAAGUGAAGGAGAGGACACAGAAUGUCACAGAGAAGGUCACGCAGAAUGUCCUGCAGCCUCUCUCAGAAAUUCAUGACCUUGGCACCUGGGAGCCACACAGCUGCUCAGCACACUCCUUCAGGACCCUGGGGUUCACACCAUCUGGUCUCAGUGCUUUGCCGUGUCUGAGUUUCCCCAGAGCCCUUCUCACCGGCUCAGUAGUGAAGACCACCACCCUGAUUGGCCUCCUGAAGACAGCCCGCCUCCUGCGGCUGGUGCGAGUCGCCCGCAAGUUGGAUCGCUACUCUGAGUAUGGAGCCGCGGUGCUCUUCCUGCUCAUGUGCACCUUCGCGCUCAUCGCCCAUUGGCUGGCGUGCAUCUGGUAUGCCAUCGGCAACGUGGAGAGACCUUACAUGGUUCACAAGAUCGGCUGGCUAGACAAUCUGGGGGACCAAAUCGGGAAGCGCUACAAUGACAGUGAUGCCUCAUCCGGACCCUCCAUUAAGGACAAGUAUGUGACAGCUUUAUACUUCACCUUCAGCAGCCUGACCAGUGUCGGAUUUGGGAAUGUUUCCCCCAACACCAAUUCCGAGAAGAUCUUCUCUAUCUGCGUCAUGCUGAUUGGCUCUCUCAUGUACGCCAGUAUCUUCGGGAAUGUCUCGGCCAUCAUCCAGCGCCUGUACUCGGGCACUGCCCGCUACCACACCCAGAUGCUCCGAGUGAAAGAGUUUAUCCGCUUCCAUCAGAUCCCUAAUCCGCUGCGGCAGCGGCUGGAGGAGUACUUCCAGCACGCCUGGUCUUACACCAACGGCAUCGACAUGAAUGCGGUGCUGAAGGGUUUCCCUGAGUGCCUGCAGGCCGACAUCUGCCUCCACCUGAACCGCAGUCUACUGCAGAACUGCCGGGCCUUCAGCGGGGCCAGCCCCGGCUGUCUGCGGGCCCUCGCCAUGAAGUUCAAGACUACCCAUGCACCCCCAGGUGACACCUUGGUGCACUACGGCGACGUCCUCACCGCCCUCUACUUCAUCUCCCGCGGUUCCAUCGAGAUUCUGCGCAAUGAUGUGGUUGUCGCCAUUCUGGGGAAGAACGACACUUUUGGAGAGCCGAUCAGCCUCUAUGCCAGGCCAGGAAAAUCGAACGGUGACGUGAGAGCACUAACGUACUGUGACUUGCACCGGAUUGUGCGGGAGGACCUGCUGGAGGUACUGGACAUGUACCCCGAUUUCUCCAGCAACUUCUGGACAAACUUGGAGAUCACUUUCAAUCUCAGAGAUACUGACAGAAUCCUCCGUUCACCCCCAAGCGAGGAUUCCGACUGUGGGCGCAGGCAGCUUCAUCAGAACAAACUUUCCUUCCGGAACAGGAGUGACACUGAUGGAAAGGGUGCAGGAGGGCGAGGUGGUGACCAAGUUCCACUGAUGACCCAGCGGACCCAGCCAGCCAGGGACUAUACCAGCGUGACACCAUGCUCCCAGUCCAGUGACGAGAAUCUCAAGGCUUCAACCUGCAGCAUCACUGAGGUGAAGGACAGGUUCCCCACCACAACAGUGAACCCCAUCUCUCCUGGUAUGGGCCACCUGCAGAACAGGGACAAAAGCAACGGAACCAAUCCCUUCACAGGUACGUACACCAGUGUGUCCAAUAUGUUCAGCUUCUGGACCGAGAGAAAAGGCAUUGAGUGCUUGGAGCCACACAGGCGUUCACUAUCAGCUCAUGCAAACCUAGAAACGGCAUCCAGCCUAGAGGAGAGGGCCAGGCUGGAGGUGGAGUCCAGGCUGGAAAUGCUGCACGCUCAGCUGAACAGGUUGGAGACCAGGAUGACAGCGGAUAUGAAUGUCAUCCUGCAACUGCUACAGAGACAAGCAAUGCCAGUGCCCGUGCCACCCGCCUACAGUGCUGUCUCCCCAGUGUCUCACCCCAUCGAUGUGUACACGCCCCUCUCCGCAGAGCCCAAGCUCACACCUUCUACUCAACCUACCCCUCCACUACAAACACCUGCUCUGGAGAGUCCAUGCUUUGUCAAGCCGGAGCAAGGCCAGGUGAAAUCCCGAGACUCCUUGUCCAGCGGAGUGCAGCUAGAUCAGGCCGUCAGCCUUCACCCUCUCCCUGCCCUGGAUACACAGCUCCAGAGCCCUGUUGCCUCGCCCACCUGCUUCACACCUCGCUUCCCCUCACUCCCAGAGAACCUGGAAACCUCUGCAUGCACAGACAUUAAACGGCAUGUUUCCGACCCAGUCCUUCCAGGUAGUUAGUGAUGUGAUCAGGAGUUUCAGGAACUUCCAUCAGUCCUCCCCUCCAUUUCCGAAGCACACCAUGUUGGCGCUGAUCUGGAUGUAUGCCAGUGGAUGGGAGAACAGGCAGGAUUGUGUCACCAGAGCUGCUCUCGGACACUGACACAGAUCGGACGUGUAGGAAUUAGACUAAACUAAGAGGGAAUGAAGCAAGACUGAUUGACUUAUUUUUAUCACUUUAUUUUUAAGGUAUUUAUCAUUCACAGGAAAAGAACCACACAGAACUCUACAAACAGUCUCAGAGCAUUUCAUCAACACUGGUCUAGUUGCUGACUGACAAUGUUUGUUCAGCGGGUUAGACUGGACAUUUUUGGGUUGCCAUGGAGGAAUAGAGGGUGUGCACUGACACACAGGGGACCUUCACUCUAUGUCUCACCCUGUUGUACCCGGUAUUAAUAGGUACGUGUUGAAGGGAGCUGCUUCUUUGUAUGCUGAGUGUAAUAUUAACUUUGGGCAAUGUGUAAGAGGGGCUGUUGCAGAUUGGCUGAGGAGUGUGCCUCUGCCUGGCAUUCCUUUCCAUUGUACUCUGUCUGGUAGCAUGCCCCAGAGCCUGCUUUAUCCAUUGGCAGCAGUUCAAAUCCCUCGAGUGCAAACAACAAUAUAGGACUCCUGCAAAUCCUCUCCAACCUUACAUUCUAUCAACUCUUCAAUCUAAAGAUGAUUUGGCUUAUUUCAUCAAGUUUUUCAGUGUGGAUGUUUCCCAUGGUCACAUGCCCCACAUACCCACACAGUCUGUGAUGGGUCACUGCCAGUGAACACACUCUGCACGAGUUGCUGUCUCCAGACAGUCACCUCAUUGAUCCCAAUUCCUGCUGCCCUCACAACCCAGGAGCCGGAGACUCAGAUG